AUGGAUUCUUCUCUUUCACGGGAUAUAUACAUUCCGGAGCAAUGGUCAGAGGCUGCAGAGUCCAUUGCUUACAGUUCAACACCUCCUAUUGCUCUUAUAUGUGGUGCCAAGAAUUGUGGAAAGACAACCUUUUCCCGCCAUCUCCUAAAUAUCCUCUUGCACAAAUACGCCAAAGUAGCUUAUUUGGAUACUGAUGUUGGUCAACCUGAGUUUGCUCCUCCUGGUUUUCUAUCAUUAACCAUUGUUCAUAAAGUAACUCCAGAUUUGACAGUUCCAUGCCUGAAAACACCAGAGAGGUGUCUUUUCUUUGGUGACGUUUCUUGUAAGAGAGAUCCAUCAACAUACUUAAGUUAUGUAUUUGCCAUUUAUGAUUAUUUCCAAAAGGAGUAUUGCAUCACUAAAAAGGGAGAAAAUCCUUCUAAUAUCAAGUUGCCACUUAUUGUGAAUACUCCUGGCUGGGUGAAAGGUGUUGGUUAUGAUGUAUUAGUGGACAUGUUGAAAUAUAUUUCUCCAACACAUGUAGUUAAGAUAAGCAUAUCCAGUGAAAAUAAGAAUCUACCUGCUGGAGAAUUCUGGUUAGAUGAAGAACAUGAUGAAACAAUUAAUCUGAUUGAGAUAAAUUCAGCUCGUCGGGAUUCAUUAAAUAGAUCGAUACUCUUUCAGAAGGAUGCACGACCCUUACGUGAUUUACGAAUUAUGGCUUACUUCAAACAGUGCUUUUCUAAUGAUUCAAAUAUUUCUACGAUCAAGGAACUUGCACAUGCCUUGGCCUCUCACUGUCCUUAUGAAGUUCCCAUUGCAAGCAUAAACAUUCGACAUCUUCAUUGUGAGGUCCCAAGCUCUGAACUAUUCUUCAGUUUGAAUGCUACCAUCGUUGGCUUAGCUGUUGAUUCUGAAGGACCUGAUAAUUUACCUUGGUGUCUGGGCCUUGGGAUUGUGAGGGGCGUUGACACAGUAAAAGGUGUCCUCCAUGUCAUUACUCCUGUGCCACAUAGUUCCUUGGAAAAAGUCAACCUCUUGCUACAGGGUUAUAUCCAAAUUCCCUCUUGUUUGUUGCAGGUUCAGGGAUGCAUCUCACCAUACAUGUCAGCAAAUACGUUGGCUAUAAACUAG